AGGGGAAUUCAGUGAGCCGGCUGGUGGCAAGCCCUGGCGCAUCCCCGGAGAGGCGGCCCCACCUGCCGGCCUCUUUAAAGGCAGCCCGGCGUGACUGGCAGAGCUCAGAGACAGCCCUGGCAGCACCAUGAAGGCAGGCAGCCUCCUCCUCCUCUUUGCCCUGGGCCUGUUCGCCCUCGGGAGGGCUCAGCUGUGCUCCUCGGCCGCCAAAGUGGAAGAAGCCAAGGAGGGCUACUGCUUCAACGUGCCACCCUUGGGUGACGUCUUUGACGAGAAGGACUGCAGCGCCUGCCUCCGGAACAAGUCCUGCUCCAACUGUGCCAAUGACUCCCAGUGCCCGGCCACCCAGAAGUGCUGCCCAGGGGACUGUGGCUACGUCUGCCAGGAACCUGUCAUUGACUUUUGCCACCUGCCCUCCGUCUGCGGAAACUGCAAGGCUAUGUUUGCACGCUACUUCUACAAUGUCUCCACCCAGAAAUGUGAGCUGUUCAUCUAUGGCGGCUGCGGUGGGAACAAGAACAAUUUCGAGACUGAAGACGAAUGUGUCAAGACCUGUGGGCAGCGCCGGGCAGCCUAGACUGAGAGAGUGAUUGGGGAAGUUUUCCCCCCUCAGGACAAGGUCCACCUCCACACUCGGUCUGGCAGCUGCAGCUUCUUUCUUGGCCUGAUGGAAAAGACAACUUUGGCUCAGUUUUGGACAAUGGGCCGAGGGGAGCAAGGGAGGGGUCCUGGGCACUUGGAGCUGCUCUCCGCCCCGGCAACUCCUGCUCCUGGUUUCCUAGGACUGACUUACCCUGAGCAAUGCAUCCUAAAUGUUUCUGUGUGACGGCAAAACCUGGGUGUUGAAGGCACACAUCUGUGUCACAACCGAUACCCCAGUUUGGCAGUUCCCUGUUGUAGCAUUUUCACUGUUUCCUGUUUCCAGAAUGAUGGCAGGGAAGACCAAGAGUUUGUUCUUCAGGCUUCCCUGCCCCCACAUCUCUGUAGCAGAGUCUCCUUUCUUGGUCCCAGGGAGGAGAGUGGGGAUUUUAUCCAAGGAAUCCUCCUAGAGGAUGACAUGCCCCCUCCCACGGUCCCCCCCCAGCCUCUGCUGGAAGGAGUGCUGGUCACCUAGUCUGGCCUGCUCAAUCACUUGUUGCAUCACGCCAGACAUCCAUGAAAGGCCCUGGCCACCUGAGUGGCAUGGAAUGCAUUGGUAUGAACUCUGUGCACAGAGAGGUGCUUUGCUAUGAAGGAUUGCUACCCCCCCUCAGAAAAAACUCCUGCACUUGCCUGAGCGAAGUUCAUAACGGACCAACUUCCCAUUUGGAAACUGAGCCAUGGCUUUUGGGGAAAGAGGGAGAGAGAUCGAUCGUUGAGAUUCAGAUUCAAAUGUCAGUGCCUGGAGUGGGGGCAUCCCUUAAAAAAAAGGGUCAACCCAAGUCCAAGAGAUGGAAAGAUGCAAAUCUUGACUGUCUCCCAGUCAUUUACCUGAACAAUCUUGAAUCUUUGAAUGUUAAGAUGGUAUGUUAAAGGGUUAUCCAGUUCCAGACAGUUAUUCCCCCCCCCAAUGAUUUCUUUAGCAGAGGGGCCACCAAUGUGGCACCCAUGGGUGCAAUGGUGCCCUUGAGGCCUUUCCCUGGUGUUCACAAAGCCUCUGAGCUCCCCCACUGACUGCCCCCCAGGCAUGAAGUGGUGAGGGUGGUUACCUUUUUAUUCCUUGAAAAAUACAUAGAGCUGAAGGAGGAAGUUGGAAAAGUGCCACUCUUUCCCACAUUCUCUUUCUGCUCUAUGUGCUUUUCAAGGCUUGGAUUAAUUCUGCUGGAUCCAACUUUCACCGGAUCCCUUGCAAAACCUAAGUGUGCCUGUCUCUGCAUUCUCUCUUUGUGUCUUUCAUCAUUGGGAGGAGGGAGGGUCAUGCCCAUGGCACUCGCUCAAAAAUCCAAACGUGCACACGCAGGCCUAAAAAGAUGGCAACAGUAGACUUGCACUUGGCCUUAUGUGUAUGUAUGUAUGUAUGUAAAAUUAAAUUUCAAAUUAAAUUAAAUUAAAAAUUUAAAGUUCACAAAAUGGCAUGAACAUGAGUGGGGGAGAGGAGGCAGUUGUGUGCCCUGUUGUCAUGGUACACCACCAUCGUUUUUUAUGUGUUGGUAGUUUAUAAAUCAAUAAAUCAAUAAAUGAU